GCUAAUCAAGAUGGCGGAGAAUAUUUUGUUGAGGGACUGGAGUUGAAGCGCAGAAGCAGAAUUUGGAUUUGUGGGAGAUUGUGAUGUUGAGCGGCAGGAUUUAUUCACCCCGAACAGAACAUCUGCAGAAGAAUCAGAGGAGCGAUUGCUUGUAGAUCGGAAUCGUCAGUUAUUGGCGUAAAUGUGUGAUCGGUGAUCGUCUGAGCUGAUCAGUGAUGCAAAACGAUUGUUUCCUGACCACGUUUUGUUCUCUCUAGAGUUCAGAGGAGGAGUCCAGCUUUGGAAAUUUUAAGCAAGUCUAAUGAAGCGAGCGGCUGCAAAACAUCUAAUCGAGCGCUACUACCACCAGUUAACCGAGGGCUGUGGAAAUGAGGCCUGCACGAAUGAGGCUUGUGGCUCCUCCCCAGGUUUCCGGCGCAUGGAUAACAAUGCAGCGGCCAUCAAGGCCCUGGAGCUGUAUAAGAAUAACGCCAAACUGUGUGAUCCCCAUCCCUCCAAGAAAGGCGCCAGCUCGGCUUUCCCAGAGAACAGUGCCAAAGGAGCUCACAACUUUUCAGCUUGCAGCAACGGAAAGAUGAACCACAAGGACCUGCCUCCCGCCAGGGAAGACUUUAGAGAUUUGAAUUACUUGACGGAAGAGAAGGUGUACGACAUUUUGGCUGUAUGCGGUGAGACGGAGGACUACUCGCCUCUGAUCCGUGUUAUUGGGAGGGUGUUCUCAAAUGCAGAGAGCUUGGUGCAGAGCUUCCGCAAAGCCAAGCAGCACACCAAGGAGGAGCUGAAAUCGCUGCAGGCCAAAGAUGAAGACAAGGACGAAGAUGAGAAGGAGGCUGCCUCAGCAUGUGCUGCCGCUGCUAUGGAAGUGGACCCGGACGCGGCAUCUUCGAGUGAAGGAGCAUCCGGAGACAACGUCCGGAAGCCUGUGGAGGUUUCAGUGGACAUUGAGGCGGUGCGGAGAGUUUACGACAGGUUGCUGUCCAAUGAGAAGGUGGAGGCGGCCUUCCUGAACGCGCUGGUGUACCUGUCGCCCAACGUCGAGUGCGACCUUACCUACCAUAACGCCUACGCCGCCGAUCCCGACUACCUCAACGUGUUUAUCAUCGUGAUGGAGAACAGCAACCUGCACAGCCCUGAGUACCUGGAGAUGGCACUACCGCAGUUCUGCAAGGCCAUGAGCAAGCUGCCCCUUCCUGCUCUAGCCAAGCUGGCACGAUUGUGGGCGCAGCACGGGGCGGAGCACAUCCGGCGCCUGCUAGAGACCUUCCAGCAGCUCAUCACGUACACCGUUAUCAGCAACGAGUUCAACAGCGACAACCUUGUGAAUGAGGAUGACGGCGUAGUAGCAGCCACCAAGUGCCUCAAGGUGGUCUACUACGCCAGCAUCCUGGGGGGUGACCUGGACAUCGGGCACAGUGAAGAUGAAGACGAUGAACCCAUAGCAGAAUCGAGUGAGCUCACGCUUCAGGAGCUGUUGGGUGAGGAGCGUCGCGCCAAGAAAGGUCCCCGCGUGGACCCACUCGAAACGGAGCUUGGCGUACGCGCCUCAGACUGCCGCAGCCCCCUCGUCCCUUUCGACGAGUUCAUCAACGAGCCUCUCAACGACGUGCUGGAAAUGGACAAAGACUACACCUUCUUCAAGGUGGAGACUGAGAGCAAGUUCUCUUUCAUGACCUGCCCGUUUAUCCUGAACGCUGUCACCAAGAACUUGGGCCUCUACUAUGACAACCGCAUCCGCAUGUACAGCGAGCGCAGGAUCACGGCGCUCUACAGCCUGGUGCAGGGACAGCAGCUCAACCCUUACCUGCGACUCAAAGUGCGUAGAGAUCACAUCAUCGACGACGCGCUCGUCAGGCUGGAGAUGAUCGCCAUGGAGAACCCAGCCGAUCUGAAGAAACAGCUGUAUGUGGAGUUUGAAGGAGAACAGGGUGUUGAUGAAGGAGGUGUUUCCAAAGAGUUCUUUCAGCUUGUAGUAGAGGAAAUCUUCAAUCCAGAUAUAGGCAUGUUCACCUACGAUGAAAGCACAAAGCUCUUCUGGUUUAACCCCUCGUCAUUUGAGAACGAAGGCCAGUUCACGUUGAUCGGGAUCGUCCUGGGCCUAGCCAUCUACAAUAACUGUAUUCUGGAUGUGCACUUCCCCAUGGUGGUGUACAGGAAGCUCAUGGGGAAGAAAGGAACUUUCCGAGACCUCGCUGAUUCUCAUCCGGUUCUUCAUCAGAGUCUAAAGGAACUGCUCGAGUAUGAAGGCAAUGUGGAGGAGGACAUGAUGAUCACCUUCCAGAUCUCGCAGACGGACUUAUUCGGGAACCCGCUCAUGUAUGACUUGAGGGAAGGCGGAGACAAAAUCCCAGUCACUAACGAUAACCGGAAGGAAUUUGUAGAACUUUAUGCAGAAUACAUGCUGAACAAAAGUGUGGAGAAACAGUUCAAAGCCUUCAGAAGAGGCUUCCACAUGGUCACUAACGAAUCUCCGCUGAAGUAUCUGUUCCGGCCGGAGGAAAUCGAGCUGCUAAUAUGCGGCAGCAGAAAUCUUGACUUUCAAGCACUUGAAGAGACGACGGAAUACGAUGGCGGUUACAACAAAGAAUGUCGCAUUAUUAAGGACUUCUGGGAGACGGUGCACUCGUUCGGACAGGAGCAGAAGAGGUUGUUUCUGCAGUUCACCACGGGAACGGACAGAGCGCCGGUGGGAGGCCUGGGUAAACUGAAGAUGAUCAUCGCCAAAAACGGGCCCGAUUCGGACAGGUUACCAACGUCGCACACCUGCUUUAACGUUCUGCUCCUGCCUGAAUACUCCACCAAGGAGAAACUUAGAGAGAGACUCCUCAAAGCCAUCACUUACGCCAAAGGCUUUGGCAUGCUCUGAGGCACGAGGAAGGGGAGGAGCAGCAGCAAAAGAAAGGAAAAAAACUUUUUUCACCUGUUCGUCAAAGGCGAAAUCGACGACACCACCACCAACAAUAUCAAGUUUUCAGUGUAAGGAUGUGAAAUGGGCUAAAACGGGAAAGUUGUGGUGACCGAGUGCCUGUGCCUAACUAAAGUAGAUAAAACCACACUGGACUCUUGGUUCUUUAUCUCUCUCUGUUCCUCUCAUGUAAGUGUUAAGUUUCCCUUUGUUUUUAUUUUUUUUUUGUAUGCACUGAGCUAUAGCACUAUUUAUUUUAAGGGAUUAAAAAAAAAAGAAGCCUGUUUUCAUUUAUCCAGCGCACUUGUUCAUGGUUAAAGACCUUCAGGACUCAUCAUUGCAUACGUAGAACCCUAAACAAAUCUGAAACCGAUCAAAAGGGAGGAGGAGGGGGAGGAGGCGCGAUAAUCAGCGGUCAUCAUUGUAACUUAAGGUUGAACUGUGAAAGUGCACUUAAUUAAUAUUCAGAAUGUCUGUCCGUGUUUUUGUGUCGUCACGGUUCGUAGGUCUUCCCAGGUCAGUCCCGUGCGCCAGCGAUGCUUUUAUUUUCAUUUUUUUGUAAAGAGGUACAGAGCGAGCUCCGGUUCCCGGCAGGUAUUUAUUGAGGACGAGCGUGUUGGCGAGGUUGUGCUGCUUGCUUAUGACCAGUGUUCUGUAUUUAGCUGCAGAGUCUGGGGUCUUGCUUCAGUGUGAUUAUGAUGGAUGCGAUCACACGACGUAACGACAGAGAAAGCAGAAAGGUUUUCGUUUUAAUUUCACGAUUGCGUUUUCAGAUUUUUAAACUAACAAAAUAAUCCCACCUCCCGUACCCCCUUUUUUUUUUUUUUUUAAGUUGCUUCAUUCUAUCUAUACAAUAAUGAUGAUGCAAUGAUUUAACAGGUUUGGGCACAAAAUGUUCCACCUUCGUGAUGUGCCAAACAUGUACCCAUCAGGUUACAGCUGGAGAUCCACUUUAGUGAAGCCCCGGACCUCCCCGAAAUAAUAAUAAUAAUAAUAAUAGUUAAAAAGGUUUCUUUGCUGUCAUUUUUUUCUGUUUUUUUCCCCCCUUCCAUCUUCCUCCAAAAACUAUGAAAAAGGUGUCUGUGGUUUGUCCCACUGCUGACGGCGCUCACAUUAAAGAACUUGAUAUUGAGAAUGAAAGCAUUUAAUUGAUUGUUUCAAGUUAUUCUUAAAUAAAUAAAAAAAAACUGAAUGUC